AUGAUAGGAUUUCACAAGGUUUUGCUGAUUGUUGUCCUUUUGGUCUUGAUGGAUUCUCCUCCUAAUACUCCACAAAGGCAUAGAAAUAUUGAGAGGGCAAGAGAGCGUCAAGAAAGGAUGUUGGAAAGUCCUGAGCAUAGGAGAACACCUCAAAAUCCUGCUGUUGGUGGUGGUGUACCUUUUAUUCUUCCUUUCCCUAUUCCACCCCCUGUUGCUCCUCUUCAAAUUCCUCAAGGUCCUGUAGGUGAUGAUCCAUUUGUUAAGGUUCUAUAUAAUGGUCAAAUUCUUCACCUUACUCCUGGGAUGGCUGCACAAGUGGGUAAUUUGCAAAAUCAGGCUCAUGCUGCCCCCCUUGCUGCCCCUCCACCUCUAUUUCCACCUGCUGCUAUGGUAGAUGUGAAUAUGGGGCAUCCUAACCAAAAUGGUAUUCAGUAUGGACACAUCUAG